UGGCUGCGGUCGGAGGCAGAAAGAGCCUGGGAGAGGAGCGAGACACGCGGAGAACUGACACGCGGAAUAACGAUAUUGAAUACUUUUUUGCCCCCCCUAUAUUACUAACACAAUGUCUCCAGCGUUUCCAAAAGGUUUGCUGAUGGUUCUGGUGUGUGCAUGUGCGGCCUCGGCUGCGGCCAAGAACGGUACCAUGCAAGGGCGGACUUUUGUCUUUAUUGACAAGACCUACACUGCUGAACCAAUAGACAUGGAUUAUGUCUAUCCAGACGGUGAGGUUACCAAUCUGUCCAAAAGCGGUCGGUUGCGCAACACAACCAGCACCCACAGGCUGGAAGUCUCCGAGGAAGCGCUGCUGUUUCUCACAGGCUCCGUGUCCACCCUCCUCAUACCUUCCUUCUACACACUGGUCUGCCUCAUCAGCCUGCCGAUCAACAUCUGCGCGGUGGUCGCCUUCACCCUGAGGAUCUGGCCCAAGAAGCCGGCAGCAAUCUACAUGUUGAAUCUGGCCUGUGCCGAUCUGCUCUUUGCCGCGCUGCUCCCCUUCAAGAUCUCCUACCACUUUGGCGGCAACGACUGGAUAUUCGGCCCGCUCAUGUGCCGCGUGGUCACCGCAGCCUUUUACUGGAACAUGUAUUGCUCGGUGCUGCUCAUAGCUUGCAUCAGCGUGGACCGCCUCCUCGCCGUAGUCUAUCCCAUCGACUCCCUGUCUUGGAGGAGUCCACGGAACGCAAUCAUGGCCUGCGUGGCCAUGUGGAUAUUAUCCUUCGCUGGCACUGUGCCUCUGGUCCUCUCCGACCAGACUGUUCACCUCAGUCAGCUGAACAUCACCACUUGCCACGAUGUCCAGUCUGCGCACAAGGUAAUCUGGCACUACAAGAUCUACUUCAUCACCCUCUGCUGCUCCUUCUUCUUCCUGCCUCUGCUCAUCACAGCAGUGUCCUACACUCGGGUGAUCUGGUCACUGAACCGGGUCCCGUGCGGCGUUCUAGGACGUUCACGCAGAAGAUCACGGGCAGUGGUGAUGGCUGCAACGGUGCUGGUGAUAUUUGUGCUGUGUUUCACGCCGACCAACUGUCUACUGCUAGCACACUACCUGCAGUUCAACGAAGGGGUCAAGACGAUCCAAGAGACCCCCGAUGGCUCCUACGCGGCCUAUCUGGUGUUCAUGUGUUUGGGCAGUCUGAACUGCCUCCUGGAUCCCAUGGUCUACUACUUUGGAUCAUCCCAGUGCCAGAGAGAGCUAUCCAGCAUGCUGAGGUGUCAGAAGAUUUCCGACGGCAGUAGCAUCCGGCAUUCGUCGUCUGACUCCGGCCGGUCGAGCUCCAGAACAAUUCUGAAAUCCAGCCGAACAGAAAGCUCCACCAUACACACUCCAGUUACCAAGAUGGCCCAAGCCAACCUCAACAGCCAGUACAAGAAGCUGCUGCUCUGAGACUGUCACUGAGCGGGUGUGACGGUGUGACUCAACUGACUCGGAAGUCGACAUUUGUCUUUAUUGCGAAGGUCAAUAGAUGGAGCACAGAGCUGAUCUGUAGAGUUUAGUCGACUGUAUGUGCUUUAGUUUUUUUAAACAGUUGAGCUGAACGUUUUAUACUAUGAAAUGCUUUAAUUUUUGCACUGUAUUUGCUAGAGUUUAUGAGUUUAUACCCUAAGCCAACAGACAUUAUAUAAUGGAAGGAAACUACUUGCUAUUUUUGUCAGUUUUUUUUUUUUGGUAGCAUUUGUUUCUGUAUAAAGUCACCAAAAAGUUCAUUUUCAUGCACUUGAAAAAACAUAAGUAAAGAAAAACACAAGUCCAAA